AUGAACAGAUUUAACUCAUCUGGUCCUCCAUUCGAUGUGCCAGUAACUAUAACUGAUCGCGAUGGUACUCUUAUCCAUGAACAAGAAGGCCAAGGUCUUCUUUACACGAUAAUCACCCACAACGACGUUGAAUUUCUUGAGAAAUACUUCGCUAUUGAUCCUAGAGCUAUUCCAAACCUAUUUAACCUUCCUGACGAAGAUGAGGCCAUUUGCGACUUCGGCGACUUGUUCCGUGCCGCAGCCGAAAGUGGCAGCCUUGGCACAAUCCAAACACUUUUGAAUUACACCACAAAAGACCUUGAUGAUGCGACGAAGCCUAUCAGAUUGAUCAAGCCCAACUUCUUGCUCUUGAACGUGGCCGCCCAAUUUGGUCGUAUUGAGAUUGUGCAAUGGCUCCUCGACACCCAGCCAUUAUACGCCAGUAUUCAAGAUCGAGAUUUCCAAGGCUUUACCGCCCUUGCAGCAGCUGCGGAUCUCUUUUCAUUUGGAAAUUGUUUCUCCCCGGCCUGGGACGAGAUCUGUUAUGAUAACAAUGAGGCGAUAAUGAAUCUACUGCUUGAUCACGAUGCCUGCGCUUCUGAUGUUGUCCAUCCGACGAACGAUAAGCAUCAAAAGCUCCCUAGCGUUCUUACCUUGGCUGCCCAGUGGGCAAGUAGCGAUUUACUUGGAAGACUCAUCGAUGGCGGCGCCGAUGUCCAUUACAAGGUAGCAGUAGGCUCUUGGAACCUGGGCUUUGGGUCUCAAAGUGAUUUACCUGUCGAGAUAGAGGUCACAGCACUGUUUCUUGCAUCCUUUCGCGCUAAUCCCAAUGGCGUCAAGACUCUGGUUGAUCGCAGAAGUGAUGGAUUUAGUAUCGCAGACAUGGUGUGCUCUCCAGACUGCGUUGGAAGCCUCCCUCUUCACUGGGCGGCUCGAAACCAAUUACCAGAUUCGCCUGGUGCCAUCCCCCUAUCGAUGCUACAUGAUAGAGCUGGAAAAGUCUACCGCACUAUUAGGCAGCUCUUGGAAUUUGCUCCCACUACAGUUAACAUUCAAGAUAAUGAUGGAAAUACGGCAUUGCAUUACGCCACCGAAUUCUUCAGUAAGAAUGGCAAGAUAUAUACUUCUAUCUCUGAACUCCUAUGCAUUUGGGGCGCUGAUGCAAGCCUUCGAAAUCAUAAGGAUCAAACACCUCUGCAUACCCUGUUCUAUGCCUUCAAUCAAGACACACCUGUUGACCCAGUCCUCAUAUCCCUUUUACUCGCCCACGGUGCCAAGGCUACAGAUGUUGAUGAUGCUGGAAACACUCCUCUUCAGAUUGCGCGCUUGGGCGUCAGAACUGGUAGCGAUGCUUUCUCACUCUUGCUUCAGCAUGGUACUGUCCCUGUUCUGCAAAGUUGCGAGCAAAGGGACGUCUACCCAUAG